AUGAAAUGCCGGAGGCCAGAAAGUUACCUGCUUCCCAAAUUCUUCUCUUCCAAACCUCUUCUGAAGCUUCUCGAAUUCGAGAAAAGCCCUCAAUCGAAGCUUGCCCUAAUCGAUUCAGCGUUUCUUCACCGCGAUAAUUACCCUUCCGUUCAUGUUAUCCACCAUAUUCUCCGGCAGCUCUCUGAGUCGAAUCAUGUCCUCCUAGUCACCCGCGUCGUUGAACUCCUCAAAGCCCGUAAAUGCAAGUGCCCUGAAGACCUCGUUCUGACGGUAAUCAAGGCUUAUUCGCAGAAUAAAAUGGUUGCUGAAGCUUUACACACCUUCGAGAGAAUGGAGGAGACUUUUCAUUGCAAGCCCGGGAUUAGGUCGUACAAUACGAUGCUUAAUGCGUUUGUUGAAUCGGAGCAGUGGAAGAAAGCAGAGGAAUUUCUCGCUUAUUUUGAAACGGUGGGUGUAGCGCCUAAUUUGGAAACUCAUAACAUUUUGAUUAAGUUUUUGUGCAAGAAGAAGCAAUUUAACAAGGCGAGAGAGUUGUUGGAUCGAAUGUGGGAGAAGGGUUUAAACCCAGAUGUGUAUAGCUAUAGUACUGUGAUGAUUGGGCUGGUGAAAGGUGGGGACUUGGUGGCUGCAUCCGAGGUGUUCGAUGAAAUGUCCGUGAGAGGAGUGGUGCCUGAUGUCACUUGUUACAAUAUAAUGAUAGAUGGGUCUUUCAAGAGUGGGGAUUAUUGCAAAGCUAAGGGUAUUUGGGAGGAUUUGGUGAAAAGUUCUGCUGUGUUCCCGAGUGUGGCUACUUAUAAUAUAAUGAUUGAUGGCUUGUGCAAGUGCGGUAAGUUUGAUGAGAGUUUGGAAAUGUGGGAGAGAAUGAAGAGGAAUGAGCGAGAGAGGGAUGUGGUUACCUGCAGCAGUUUGAUUCAUUGGUUGUGUAAGGUUGGGAACACUGAUGGGGCUGUAAAGGUUUACAAGGAGAUGGUCGAAAGGGGGAUGAUGAUUGAUAUUGUUACUCAUAAUACAAUGCUCAGUGGGUUUUGUGAGGCUGGGAGAAUAAGGGAGUGUUUUGAGUUGUGGUUGGCUAUGGGGAAGCAGAAUUGUCGUAAUGUGGUCAGUUAUAACAUUUUGAUUAGGGGAUUGUUGGAGAAUAGAAAGGUCGAAGAAGCAAUGUCGGUAUGGGAGAUUCUGCGAAAGAAGGAUUGUGGGCCAGAUUGUGUAACUUAUGGAGUUUUAAUUCAUGGUUUGUGUAAGAAUGGCUUCUUGAAUAAGGCCUUAAAACUUCUUGCAGAGGCUGAAGAUGGAGGUGUUGAAGUUGUUCUGGAUGCUUUUGCAUAUUCUUCAAUGGUGGAUGGCUUAUGUAAAGAGGGGAGAGUGGAUGAAGCUGUGGCCAUUGUCCGCAAGAUGGAAAGCCGGGGUUUUACGUUAAGUCCACAGGUUUUCAACCCACUGAUUAAUAGUUUCGUACAAGCUUCCAAGCUGGAGAAGGCAAUUCAAUUUUUCAGGGAAAUGGAAUCGAAAGGCUGCUCCCCAACCGUGAUAUCUUAUAAUACCCUUAUAAAGGGUCUGUGCAAAGCUGGACGGUACACAGAGGCACAUUCUUUUGUGAAGGAAAUGCUGGACAAAGAUGGGAAGCCAGACAUGAUAACUUACACUUUGUUGUUAGAUGGCCUUUGUCAAAGUAAGAAGAUCAACGAGGCUCUAAAUCUUUGGCAGCUAGUUCUUCAUGAUGGCUUUAAGCCAGAUAUAAUCAUGCACAACAUUUUGAUACAUGGACUUUGCUCCGCGGGCAAAAUUGGAGAAGCCUUAAGAGUUUUCAAAGAGAUGAAGAGCUCCACAUGUCUUCCAAAUCUUGUUACAUACAACACCCUUAUGGAAGGUUUUUUUAAGCUCAGAGGACGACAAGAGGCAUUGGCUAUAUGGGCAUGCAUUUUAAGAAAUGGGCUACAGCCAGAUAUCAUUUCAUAUAACAUCACCCUUAAGGGGCUUUGCUCAUUUGGCAGAAUAUCAGACGCCGCCAGAUUUCUGGAUGAUGCACUGAAUAAGGGAAGGAAUCCAACUCGUGUAACAUGGAAUAUCCUCGUAAGGGCCGUGGUUAGUCAUGGGAUUUCCUGA